AUGGCGGCCACGCUCUUCUCCAUCUCCCUCUCCCCCCAGUUCCUCUCCCUCCCCUCCUCCUCCUCCUCAUUUAAGCAGGCCCCCUCCGCAUUCUUUCCCUCGAAGACCCCGCUGCACCGUGCGCACGCCUCCGCGGGCUGGAGGCACCCGCUCGCGCCCUUGGCCGUGUCCGUGUCGUCACAUGUCGAGACUGAGGUCGCCCAUGAGUUCUCGGAGGACCUAAGGGUGUUCGUUGGCAACCUCCCCUUCAGCGUCGACAGCGCCCAGCUAGCCGGCCUAUUCGAGCAGGCUGGCUCCGUCGAGAUGGUCGAGGUUAUCUGUGACAAAUUGACUGGACGUAGCCGUGGAUUUGGGUUUGUAACUAUGUCUACUGUCGAAGAGGUUGAGGAGGCAGUUGAGCGGCUCAAUGGCUAUGUGCUUGAUGGUAGAAGUUUGAAGGUGAAUUCAGGGCCGCCACCACCCAAGGACCAAUCCUCACCAAGAGGAUUUAGAGAGCAAUCAGGCGGAUUCAGGCAGCAAUCUUCACGUGGGCCCGGUGGUGGGGACAAUAGGGUGUAUGUGGGUAAUCUUUCUUGGAAUGUCGAUGACUCAGCUCUUGCAAACUUGUUCAAUCAGCAAGGGAGUGUCUUGGGGGCCAGAGUCAUCUAUGACAGGGAGAGUGGGAGGUCAAGGGGAUUUGGUUUUGUCACAUAUGGUACUAGUGAUGAAGUUGAGAAAGCAGUAUCUAAUCUUGACGGCUCUGUGAGUUUUCACUCAUUUAACUGGUUGCUUACACCUGUGACCCUUCAUUAUUGUUCUUUCGGCGUGGUGCUAAAUGACUUUCUAUUUCCUGGUCCACAGGACUUGGAUGGAAGACAGAUCCGUGUUACAGUAGCAGAAGCGAGACAACCUAGGCGAGAAUAUUAA